GUAAUGCCGUCAUCCCCAUAGCAACAACGGACGCGUUGAUCUGUAGCAGAGCCGAGCGAGAACUAGUUAAGGAUUAACAAUGUCAGAUGAAGAGGAUGAGGUUUUGGAGGGAGAUGUUGAGGAUGAAGAAGAGGCGGGAGCCGGUAUGGAAAAUGAAGGAGAAGGAGAGGAAAAGGGAGAAGAAGAUGAAGCACAUGAGGAAGAAGAAGAAGAAAAGAUAGUGUGCCCAUUGUCGUCUGAAAUAAUCACAGAAGGACUAUCAUUAUUAUGCAAGACUAGCACCGGCUUGGGACAUGCCUAUGUUAGGCUGGAACUCAGUGACAAGGGACUGACUGACAUUCUUUUGGUCAGUAAGUUCAUUCACCUGAGAUUUAUUGAUAUUUCUUCAAACUUUCUCAAUGACCUUUCCCCAUUGGCAUCCUUAACACACCUCCUCUGGAUAAAAGCAGAUGUUAAUCAGUUAACUGAGUUACAAGAUCAGAAACUAGAAGAGCUCCCAUAUCUCCAGUGGCUUAAUUUAUCAUCCAAUCGGAUAAAGGUCACAAGUGCCUUAAGUACCCCAGCGCUGGAGGUGUUAAAUCUAUCUGGUAAUCAGCUAAUGAUCAUUAGUGGUUUAGAUUAUGGACGGCUAUCUAAUCUUGUUACUCUGGAAUUAAGAGGAAACCAGUUGGAGACUACAGAUGGAAUCUACUUACCAAACCUUCGUAAACUGUACUUGGCACAAAAUAUGAUCAAACAUCUAAAUGGACUUGAUCACCUUGAGAAAUUAACAACUUUGCACCUUCGUGACAACCAAAUUGAGUCUCUUGAAGGCAUUGGCGAGGGAAUGAAGUCUCUUCAGUAUCUCAAUUUAAGAGGUAAUCUUGUGCCCAAUUUCCAUUCUAUUCCCUGUCUUGCUCCAUUGUCUGGCACUUUACGAGCACUUGUUCUGUCAGACAAUCCACUUUGUGAACUUGAUGACUAUCGUUUAAGAAUUCUCUGCUUCCUGCCACUGCUAGAAAGAAUGGAUAAAGAUCCUGUCAGCUUUGAAGAGAAAGCAGAAGCAAAAGAGAGACUGAGAGUAAGUUUUUAUAAAAGUGAUGAGGUCAAUGAUAUUGUAAAAUAAAAUUAAAAGAAACACUGAAGCCCAUUUUAAA